CCGUGGGUCCGGCAGUCGGUGUUCGGGGCGUUCGACGUGGACGGCGACGGCCGCAUCUCGCGCGCCGAGUUCGAGUCCGUGCGCAGCAACUUCCCGCACGUGCGGCCCUUCGCCGAGAUCGACGCCGACCGGGACGGCAGCAUCAGCCGGGAGGAAAUGCUGCGCUACUUCCUGCAGGGCGCCGGGGGGCCGCCGGGGCCCCCCCACCGCUUCGAGGGCGCCGGGGGGCUGCGCCCGGCCGCCUGCCGCCACUGCCGCAGCCUGGUGAGCGCCGCCUUGCACGCCCGCGCACACCCACGCACGCCUGUGCACACCCACGCACGCCCACGCACACCCACGCACGCCCCCCCACCGCUUCGAGGGCGCCGGGGGGCUGCGCCCGGCCGCCUGCCGCCACUGCCGCAGCCUGGUGAGCGCCGCCUUGCACGCCCGCGCACACCCACGCACGCCUGUGCACACCCACGCACGCCCACGCACACCCACGCACGCCCCCCCACCGCUUCGAGGGCGCCGGGGGGCUGCGCCCGGCCGCCUGCCGCCACUGCCGCAGCCUGGUGAGCGCCGCCUUGCACGCCCGCGCACACCCACG